UGACAAAUAAGCAAAAUUAAAAUAAUUAUAUAUCUAGUUAAAUAUUUAUAGUUAUAUUAUUUAAAUUAAUAAAUUAUGGAUUCAACUAAAAAUUAUUAAUAAAUUAAUGACUCAGCUUAAACAUAAUUAAAACAUGACAAAUAAGUAAAAUUACUUAAAAUUAUGAAAAUCAUGACAAAUAAGCUAAAUCACUUCAUAAAUAAUAGUAUAGAUAGAUAAUCCAGCGAGAAGAAUUGACACAUAAAUGUUUUGCUUUUCAUUGUAUCAAUUUUGUAAAAUUUUACGUCAAGCGUUGCUAGUGGCUUGGAAUUUACAACAGAAAAUUUGAAUUAUACUAGUGACCAUCCCAGCCCAGUCAAUAGUAUUUGUGGUUUUAAUACCAACAAUUAAGAACCCAAUUGAACCAUGUAACAUGAACCGACAUAAUGUUCCAGAAAAAAGACGACUUUCUUUUGCUAGUAUCAUUCACGUUCAGACCCGAACCAGAGUCUUAGAAGACCAGACAGGAAUCUCUGAGUCUCUUAGCUUUUGUGUCCUCUUAGAAAGAUAAUAUUGUUUUUCUUUUGCUUUUACUUCAGAAGCAAUUUAACUCAAUUCUUAAUUUUGAGGAUAACUGGUUCCUGAUUUAGAGAAGAACUACAAGGAAACUGGUUAUUUGUUCAAAUGGAAUCGGUGGUGAAUAAGAUGGAGCAGAAAAUGAGAUCUGGAUGGUCGGUGGAGAAGAAGAAGAAGAAGAAGAAGGAAAAAGACUUGCAGGAAGAAAGGUGGUUCUUAGAGAACGGAAGCAUUUUGUUAGAAAAACUUACCGCUGAUUGUAAUGGUAAAUCCGUUCCUUUACGCACCUUUUCUUCUGACCAGAUCCUUAAAGCCACCAAUAACUUCGACUCCAGCUGUUUCAUCGCCUUCGAGGGGCUUCACACGUGGUGGUACAGAGGCAUCAUCGAAAACAGAACUUACAUGAUCAAAAGGUACCUUGUGGACAAAGGUACAGAACACAAAGUGGCAGAGGUUUACAAUGACUUUGUCUUGUCUGCUCGGAUGAGCACCCACAGCAACUUUCUCAAACUACUAGGAUGCUGUUUGGAGUCUAGUUACCCUGUUCUUGUGUUUGAAGAUGCACAACAUGGGGUUUUGAAUCAGCGAGGAGGUGUUAUGGUUAACUGGGAGGAAUCUUUUCUGCCAUGGAAUGUUCGGUUAAAGAUUGGUAAGGAGAUUGCAAACGCGUUAUCUUAUCUUCACACGGCGUUCCCUAAGAUCACAAUCCAUAGAGAUGUUAAGCCAACACAUGUUUUCUUGGACAAGAACUGGACUGCCAAGUUGUUCGGCUUCUCACUCUCUAUUACAUUACCUGAGGGAAAAACAAAAAGCGCAACUGUUCCAGUGGUGGGGACAUCCGGGUACAUCGACCCAUCGUACCGUGUAACAGGUUCGGUAACAGAAUAUACUGAUGUGUACAGCUUUGGAGUCUUUUUGCUGGUUCUUCUCAGUGGCAGACCGGUGUUCUUCACCGAUUAUUCUAAUGGCAAGCGAGAAGGAGUUACUGGCUACGUGAAAGGCUUAUAUGAGAAAGACAAGCUUGAUGAAGUGAUUGAUACAAAGAUGGUGAAAGACAUGACAAGUGGUCAACGGUUUCAAGUGGAAGCAUGUGUUGCACUUGCUCUGAGAUGCUGUGAGAAGAUAGAUGAAUAUAGGCCAAAGAUGAUCGAAGUAGCUAAAGAACUCAAGCGGAUUCAGACAUCAUUUUAGAGUUCUUCUCUGUUCUUGGACUAUGAAGCCAAGUUUCAAAUUUCAUACCUGAAUAAAGAAAAUUAUCUCAGGGAAGACGAUUAAAUAAUCUGUUACAUAAUUUUAGUUGUAACGCUUAAGUACUAUGUUCUAUUCUACCUUCUGUCCUUAGUGUUUAUAAGCUUCAAUGAAGUUUCAUAUGUUUUCUUUGCAAGUUGCAGCAUUGCUUGUGACAGAAUAUACAGAUAUGUAAUGAUAUACUUUGGAGUCUCAUUGAUGGUUCUUCUCACUGGUAGAUUAGUUGACGUUACAGGAUCUAUAAUGUCUAUGUCGUAGGUAUUCUUUACAUCCAACGUAGAUUUACAGUAUUUCACUAAGUCGGGAAAACCUUAAGCUUCAUUUAUGGUUUUUUUUUUGUUGCUUCUGAAAUGAAGUGUGGUGAAGGAAGAAGGAGAUGAUGAUCAUAGACAAAACUGACACGAAAUCUCACAAAACGUGUCAAUUGUCAUGCCAUUCCAUAGAUGAAAACCAAGAGAAAAGUCUUUGUUAUCUGUUCUAUACGCUAACAAGUUGACAAUUAACAUUAAAGAACCAAUUCUAUCUUUUUCGUUAGAAUAUUUAAUUGCGAUAAGAUAUGGUAAAUGGUUUAUGCCUCUUCCAGUAAGGUUUAUUCCAUCAUAAUUUCAGGUCAUCAAGACCAUGUCUAGGAACUCAGAGGAGACCAACACGUUUCUAGCUUUGAUUCUCUGUAAGCGUUUCUUCCUUAGACCAUGUUAAAAAGAAAAAAUCUUAAAGAGUUGACUACUGUUGUAUCCAUCCACUAUGUUGAUCUAGAUUAUAUUCUUUCAGCACCAUCACCGCUUUAAUACAAUAAAAUUUUAAUAUUCCCAUAACUCCAUAUCAUAAUCUUGAAAAGAACUAGUGUUUUCUUUGAAGAUCUGGAGUUUAGAAUCUAAGAUAGAUAUGGAUGGGGAAGAGAUAGAGCCUUGGGCUCGUGCAUCAGGAGGAUGUAGUCACACUCAUAGUUGCAAUCCUCCAGGACCAGAGGAUGCUUCUCACUCACACACAUGCUUCCACACUCACACUCAUCUCAUCAUCCCUGUAUAAUAUAUAACUUACUUUCUAUUUUAUUUUUAUACAAGUAUAUAUGGUCUGAUGAAAUUUGAAAGGAUUGUUUAUAGAUUAUAGGACUAUUCAUUUUGUAACAGGAUUCGCAAGAGAAUGACCAUUCUGACAGCAGCAACAAGAGGCGGCCAUGUGGGAACAGAGAGGCAGUGAGAAAGUACAGGGAGAAGAAGAAGGCUCGCACGGCAUACCUUGAAGACGAAGUCAAGAGACUGCAAUCUAUGAAUGAAUUCUUGCUUAGAAAGCUUCAGAGUCAAGCAAUUGUGGAAGCUGAAAUCAUCAGACUCCGGACUCUUCUGGCAGAGAUGCAGAAAACAAUUGAUGAUGAACUCGGUGGUUUCUCGUUUCAGAAGCAAUGCAACGGUUCUGGCUUUGUGUUCAAAGAAGGUGAUGUAUCUUUCUGUUUGGCUUACUAGAUAACAUAUAAGAAGAUGAAUAUAUGUGGAAAGUGGAAGAAAUAGUAAAUAGCAUACAUACAUAUAUAUGCGACGUUGGUGAUAGCUGCAAAAUGGAAUAGGGCCGGAAAAAAAUGUUGAAUAAUCUUGAAAUGUUGAAAAACUAGUUUUUGAGGUUGGUGA